AUGAAAGAGAAAAAAGCACCAAAGAGAGGGUUAGGAAUAGCAAAGCUUGAAGAGAUUAGAAUGGCGGAGGAAGAAAAGAAAAAAAGUUUAGUUUCGUUGUCACUAAACCAUAGUGAUAUUACUAAUUCCGCCUCCUCUUCCUCUAGCUUAGCCCUUCUGCAAAAGUCACCAUCACCACCUCCUACUCAUGAUCCUCCUUCACCAAUUUCCCUGUCCAGAAGAACGACAAUCCCAUCAUUAAACUCCAAUUCUUCGAAUCCGAACCCAGCCGUUGGCUUGCCUUCAUUAAAUUCGGGAUAUGGCCAUAUGGGUUUUUCUCGAGGGCAUGUUGGUGUUGAAACUUACCCUAAAGUUUGUAGUUAUGGUGAAUUUGGUCGGGAUAAUAAUGGUGUGUUCCGUCUGGAUCAUCGUCAACCUAAUAAUAAUCAUCCUGGAUUUGUUUGUAGGUCUAUUAGUUCCGAUUUUCCUCCUGCCCCAAAUCCAUUGCGAGGAUGUCAGCGGUUUCCGCAACAAAGUUCUGCUUCAUCAGGGGUUCCAAUAUCACCAUCAUCUGUUCUCAACUAUCUCGCGGAGAAGCCUUUUAAAAACCAUUUACGCACCGGCGGCAGUGCCUAUAAUAAAGCUUUAUUGACAGAAGAUGAGAAGAAGAUGGCCGUCGGCAUGAAGAGACCAUAUCCGUUUGCAAUGCAAAGUCCACCCGGCCCGGCAUAUGAUCCCUGCUCCUGUGUUUUCUGUGUACCAAAAUCAGAAAAAUCAACCCGCUGGAUCAGCAACACUAGCGCCCGCGAUCAUACCGAUCUGGCUGGCUAUCACGUCAAGAGAGAAGGAGAAGUUUUAAGAAGAUCAACUGUUCAAUCAGAACCAAACCACUCAGAUAUCAAACUGACAGAAAACAGAAUGCUGAAUGGAGAUUUUCUCACCCUGGCACCUCCUCCUAGGCCUUCUCUUGCUACUGCUAAUUCGGGUCCCAUAACCCAAAUCGAUGACGGCAAAGGCAGCUUCCAUGGGCAGGUUCCUCCUUGUGAAUCAUCAAUGCAGCAACCUUUGUUAAAGUUAUUCCCUGAACCCGCGGAGAACGAGAUUGGCCAAGUUGUCCAGCGAUCUUCAUCAUACAAGUGCGGUGGUGAAGAUGGAGAAAAAGUUGAUCUCAGAUUAAAGCUUUAA